AUGGCACAUCAAAACCAAACAAGGUACACAUUCUCUGAAGUUAAAAAAGUAACAAAACGAUUCAAAGAUAGACUGGGUCAGGGUGGAUUUGGAAGCGUAUACAAAGGUCAGUUUGCAAAUGGAGUACCUGUGGCAGUAAAGAUGCUGGAGAACUCAAAGAGCGACGGGGAAGAGUUCAUGAAUGAAGUUGCGACAAUUGGUAGAAUCCACCAUGCUAAUGUGGUCCGCCUCUUGGGAUUCUGCUCAGAUGGAACAAGGCGUGCUCUUAUCUAUGAGUUCAUGCCUAACGGAUCCCUUGAGAAGUAUAUAUUUGCACAUGAAUCAGAUAUUUUUCAAGAGCUAUUAGCACCUAACAAAAUGCUGGAGAUAGCAUCAGGCAUUGCACGAGGAAUCGAAUACCUGCAUCAAGGAUGCAAUCAGCGGAUCCUCCAUUUCGACAUCAAGCCUCACAACAUCUUGCUAGGUUACAGCUUCAAUCCAAAGAUUUCCGAUUUUGGGCUUGCAAAGCUAUGUACAAGGGAUCAUAGCAUCGUCACACUGACUGCAGCGAGAGGAACAAUGGGUUACAUCGCGCCAGAACUAUAUUAUCGGAACUUUGGGAGAAUAUCCAGCAAGUCCGAUGUUUAUAGCUUUGGCAUGCUGGUGUUGGAAAUGGUGAGCGGUAGGAGGAACUCGGGCCCAUGGAUUGAGAACCAAAACGAGGUUUACAUCCCAGAGUGGAUACAUGAGAAAAUAAGCACGGAGCAAGAGCUGGAAUCAUCAAGGGAAAUGGCGCAAGAAGAGAAGGAUGCCGUAAGAAAGCUGGCCAUUGUGGCACUGUGGUGCAUUCAGUGGAACCCAAAAAACCGCCCAUCCAUGCCGAAAGUGUUGAACAUGUUAACAGGAACCUUGCAGAGUUUAACCAUGCCCCCAAAGCCAUUUGUUUCGUCUCCGGGCCACCCCAUGCCGCAAAUCAGCUAG